GCACUGCGACCGUCGUCGACGGCAGCCACAACGGCGACGAGCUCAACGUCGAGCUCAUAGUCGUUCUCGUUUCUUUCUUGAUUGUCUAUCUCAUGCUUGUCAACGAUGAGGCCAAUACACACUACUAAACGUCUGUACUCUAUAGCCGCAUCGCCGCCUCUCAAGGCGACCGUGCGGCCUACUCCUACUAGUCCUCGUCCUCGCCGUGCUUCACUCUCGCUCGCAUCGGCAGUUGGCUCUCCAUCUACGUCUUCAACAGCUUCGACAUCAUCAUCAACUGUUGUAGGAAGCUCUGGCAAUCGGUCCCUGUAUACAAAUGCGACUGGUUCACUGCCCUUUUUUGACUCCGCUUCUCCGCCUCCUCCCCUGCCAACAUCUCGCCCAAGCAAUCCGCACUCUUUCUUAUCGCCUCGACUUCCAGCUGGUGAGGCUCAACCUCAGGCGACGCAGGGCAGUACGCACGGAAAUAAUCCCUCUGCAAAUAGCGCGCAAACGCCGCAUUCCCCGCAUUUCGCAAAUGGUGCGCAAUCGACCCAACAAAACUCCCAUGGUCAAGGCCACCAUGGUCAAACAAGCGGUAGCCAACAGACUGAGGGUAGUAACCAACCGCUUUUCGGCACAUCACUCAUGCUUUCUCUCGGCGAACCUACACCACCAACCGGUUCAAGUCCUCCUGACUACGGUUUCUUCCUUGGUGGUCCUCGUUCCGGCCUCGCGGCGGACUAUUCAUGGCAUUCACGCGAAUCCGUUGCCGAUGGUGCCGACAGACAGGUGAAAGAAGAUCAAAACAUCAUAGACGCAUCAUCGACUGGUCAGAAAAUGUACCAACUUGACGUUGGUGCUUACGGCAUACCAAAACGCGGCAGGGUGAGCACAAGGGCUAGGCCUUGCUCGUGUACAACCUGCUUAGAAGGAGAGGAUGUCUAUGCUUCAGGUUCACUUGAAAAUGCUGUUCAGGUUGGUGAAGACGCCUACUUCAUACGCGAGGAUGCUCUUGGUGUAGCAGACGGAGUAGGCGGUUGGAGUUCAAGAGCGUCUUCAAGUCGGACCUCAUCAUCUAUACAUUCAUGUAGCACUUGCGCUGCUGCUUCAACAUCAACGUCAGCAUCAUCAGUGCGCCAUACGCAUGCACACAAGCAUUAUCACAAAGCAUCUAUUUCCCAGCCUUCCCCAUCGGCCCUCUUCGCUCGGCGCCUCAUGCAUUUCUGCUCUCAAGAAGUUGGGGAAGCAAGAGCAUCUGCGACUAAUUUUAGCCCCCCCCAGCCGGAUUCCAUAUCACAAAAUCCAGAUAUAGUUACCAAGACAACGAAGCCCUCUUUGAAGGACGGCGGAAUUUCUCCACGUGCGACGACUAUAAACGGGCGCCGUAAGACUGUUGUACGGGAACACGGAAACGCAAGACCGUUCAAUUGGCCUUGGGAGUCCGACAGUAGUACUACUGGCUUGGAGGCUCUUCCAGAGGAGGAUCACCCGAUCAGACCGUUGGAUUCCCGCACCCCCGUUGCCACGGACGCCAAACAGGCGCAAAACCCGCUGGACGGGACCGUUGACCCUGUCGAUGUACUUGAGCGAGCAUAUUCGAAGACGAUCAAUGCUCACCGUGUACGUCGGCGGGUCCGUGUUGUUAAGACACUAGAGACUCCUCCGCGUUGGUGGUCGUAUAGCUUAGGACUUGGUUCUACCGCACCUAAGGCAGUAUCCUCUACCUCGGCCGACAUUGCAUCUGUUUCUGUUGAGAAGUCUGAAGAUAGCGAAUGGGAAUGGCAGGAGAUUUGGGAGCCACUCAAUUCUGGUUCUUCGACUGCGUUACUUGCUGUACUUUCAGGAGAUCGUUUACGUGUUGCUCAUUUGGGCGAUUGUAUUGGUUGGCUUGUUCGUGGUGGAGAGAUUGUUUGGCGGAGUGAGGAAAUGUGGUGGGAUUUUAACUACCCAGUCCAACUCGGCCCAGCAUCACCUACUCGACCUUCAGACGCUCGGCGAUACGAGCUAUCCGUUCAGGCGGAUGACAUACUCAUACUCGCCUCUGAUGGGAUGAGCGAUAAUUGUUGGGAAGAAGACGUGUUGGACGAAGUGAGGAGGGCGGUUGAGGCGCAUUUGCCUGUUGCGAAGGAGUCGGACAGGAAUUGUGAUGACACGGGUAUUGGGGGGUUGCUCGGAAGGAGGACGUUGGCUGCUAUGUUGAGUGAGGCAUUGUGUUCGCGUGCGAGGCAGUCGAGUACGCAAAUGCACGGCUCGAAGCGAACAGACGUGAUGGUCCGCGAUCAGGAGGUUGAAGAGUUGCCGUUUGAACGUCGUGCGAGGGAAGAAGGACGUUCGUUCCGGGGUGGGAAGAGCGAUGAUAUUUCUGUACUCGUUGCGAUCAUCUCACCUGUCCAAAAGUCGAGUACUCAAACUACCUCGGACUCGGAGAAUGAUGGUGUGGCGCCGGGACGUCAAUCGGAGGUGGCUUCUCCUGUUACAGAGUAGGUGAAAUGUGUUCAGAGGAUUCGAAGUACAGAGCGCUAUCGGUCAUGUUCGUUUAUGGACUGUGUAGAAGCAAUUUUUACAUAUUAAGAUGUUGUUCUAACAGUUUUUACUUUUUGUAUGGAUUUCACACUUUUGCAUAAAAAAUUAGAUUGUAGAUAUGGGUUGGGGACAGGAGACGCACGUGUAUGUUGUGGUUUUCUGUUCGAAUGUAGAUGAUCUUGG